UGGGGCAGAAUCAGAAAGCGGAGGGUAGCCGUGGGGGCCGGGCGCUCCGGUGCGGCGUCUUUGGCGGGUGCUCCAGGUGCUGUCCGCUCCGCCGAAGCGUGGAGGAGCCGAGCAGGGGCCCGCCGCCCUCCUCCUCCAUGAGGCCCCAGUGAGCUCGGCGGCGAGAGCCGGCCUGCGACGCCUCUCCCGGCGUCCUCUUCCGAGCGCAGCGGCGGUGGCCCCCGCAGGAGGAGGAGGAGGAGCAUGUCGGACGGUUUCGAUCGGGCCCCAGGUGCUGGUCGGGGCCGGAGCCGGGGCCUGGGCCUGGGCCGCGGAGGGGGCGGGCCUGAGGGCGGCGGUUUUCCGAGCGGAGCUGGGCCUGCUGAGCGGCCGCGGCACCCGCCGCCGCCGCAGCCCAAAGCCCCGGGCUUCCUGCAGCCGCCGCCGCUGCGCCAGCCCAGGACGGCCCCGCCGCCAGGGGCCCAGUGCGAGGUCCCCGCCGGCCCCCAGAGGCCUCCCCGGCCUGGGGCGCUCCCAGAACAAACGAGGCCCCCGAGAGCUCCACCUAGUUCGCAGGAUAAUAGCCCACAGCAGAAUUCGGAGUCAACAAUGGCUAAACCCCAGGUGGUUGCAGCUCCUGUGUUAAUGUCUAAGCUGUCUGUGAACGCCCCUGAAUUUUACCCAUCAAGUUAUUCUCCUAAUUAUACAGAAUCCUAUGAGGAUGGUUGUGAGGAUUAUCCCACUUUGUCAGAAUAUGUUCAGGAUUUUUUGAAUCAUCUUACAGAGCAGCCUGGCAGUUUUGAAACUGAAAUUGAACAGUUUGCAGAGACACUGAAUGGCUGGGUUACAACAGAUGAUGCUUUGCAAGAACUUGUGGAACUCAUCUAUCAACAGGCCACAUCUAUCCCAAAUUUCUCUUACAUGGGAGCUCGCCUCUGUAAUUACCUGUCCCAUCAUCUGACAAUUAGCCCACAGAGUGGCAACUUCCGCCAAUUGCUACUUCAAAGAUGUCGGACUGAAUAUGAAGUUAAAGAUCAAGCUGCAAAAGGGGAUGAAGUGACUCGGAAACGAUUCCAUGCAUUUGUACUCUUUCUGGGAGAACUUUAUCUUAACCUGGAGAUCAAAGGAACAAAUGGACAGGUUACAAGGGCAGACAUUCUUCAGGUCGGUCUUCGGGAGUUGCUGAAUGCCCUCUUUUCUAAUCCUAUGGAUGACAACUUAAUUUGUGCAGUAAAAUUACUGAAGUUGACAGGGUCAGUUUUAGAAGAUGCCUGGAAGGAAAAAGGGAAGACUGAUAUGGAAGAGGUUGUUCAGAGAAUUGAAAAUGUUGUCCUAGAUGCAAAUUGCAGCAGAGAUGUAAAACAGAUGCUCUUGAAGCUUGUAGAACUCCGGUCAAGUAACUGGGGUAGAGUCCAUGCAACUUCAACAUACAGGGAAGCAACACCUGAAAAUGAUCCUAAUUAUUUUAUGAAUGAGCCAACCUUUUAUACGUCUGAUGGUGUUCCUUUCACUGCAGCUGAUCCAGAUUACCAAGAGAAAUAUCAAGAGUUACUUGAAAGAGAAGACUUUUUUCCAGAUUAUGAAGAAAAUGGGACAGAUUUAUCAGGGGGUGGUGAUCCAUACUUGGAUGAUAUUGAUGAUGAGAUGGACCCAGAGAUAGAAGAAGCUUAUGAAAAGUUUUGUUUGGAAUCAGAGCGUAAGCGAAAACAGUAAAAUUAAAUUUCAGCAUAUCAGUUUUAUAAAGCAGUUUAGGUUAUGGUGAUUUAGCAGAACACAGGAAAGCAAGAAAAUGUGUCACACUUAUACCAAAUUAAGGAUGUUGAGUUAUAUUACUAAUGUAUGCAACUUUAAUUUUGUUUAACACUCUCUGCCAAAAUAAACUUUAUUCCCUAUAACUUAAAAUGUGUAUAUAUAUAUAAUAGUUUAUUAUGUACAGUUAAUUCCACUGUUUUGGCUGCAAUAAAAUCGAUUUUGAAAAAAAUGAAAAA